AUGGGCUCGCAGGAGGGCACGCGCUCGAUGCGCGCAUCGAAGCGACACUCGGUGACGGCGUUGUACUUGUCGAUGAAUGCGAAUCAGAAAGAUCUGGAGAUUGAUGAUGAUCUGGCAAGAGCGCAAAAAAUACUGCGAGACUUGAAGGCGAAGAUCUCGUCGCAGUCGAAGAAGAACUUUGUCCUGGAGAGAGACGUGCGAUACCUCGAUUCGCGGAUAGCGUUGCUCGUACAGAACCGCAUGGCUUUGGAAGAGCGAGACGAAGUCGCCAGCCACCUGGACGAUAGCGGAGACCUCACCGAAGGCUCGCUCAUCAACGACGAACGAACGCAAAAGUACGGCAACCUGCUUUUCCUGCUCCAGAGCGAACCCCGAUACAUCGCCCACCUCUGCCGGCUCGUCACCAUGGCGGAGAUCGACCAAUUGCUGCAGACGGUCAUGUUUACAAUCUACGGCAAUCAGUACGAGAGCCGAGAAGAGCACCUGCUGCUGACCAUGUUUCAAUCCGUCUUGACCUACCAAUUCGACAACACUCCCGACUACUCCUCCCUCCUGCGAGCCAAUACUCCUGUCUCGCGCAUGAUGACCACCUACACCCGAAGAGGGCCGGGCCAGAGUUACCUCAAGACCGUCCUGGCGGAUCGAAUCAACUCCCUCAUCGAGAUUAAGGAUCUCGACUUGGAAAUCAACCCUCUCAAAGUGUACGAAUCGAUGGUGCAGGCGAUCCAAGACAAGGGAGAAGUGCUUCCUGAAGGACUCUCCAAAGCCGUCACAGCAGAGCAGGCGGCCGCGAACGAAGCGGUGCAGAAGAUUAUCACGCCGCGCAUCGAAAUGCUCAUUGGCAUCGCCAAUUCCUUCGUCGACACCAUCAUCGACGGCCUGGAAGAAACACCGUACGGCAUUCGAUGGAUCUGCAAACAGAUCCGAAGCCUCACCCGCCGGAAGUACCCCGAUGCCCAAGAACAAACCAUCUGCACCCUCAUCGGCGGCUUCUUCUUCCUGCGCUUCAUCAACCCGGCCAUCGUCACGCCGAGAUCAUACAUGCUCAUUGAGCAAACCCCCGAAGACCACCCUAAACGUACCCUCACAUACGUGGCAAAGAUGCUGCAGAACCUGGCCAACAAGCCCAGCUACGCCAAGGAGCCCUACAUGGUCCGCCUGGCGCCCUUCAUCGAGCAGAACAAGGAGCGCAUCAAUAAAUUCAUGAUGGAUCUGUGCGAAGUGCAGGACUUUUACGAGAGUCUGGAGAUGGACAAUUACGUGGCGCUGUCGAAGCGCGACCUCGAGCUGUCCAUUACCAUCAACGAAGUCUACGCCAUGCACGCGCUGCUGGAGAAGCAUCGCACGAGCGUGGUGCGCGACGAUGGCUCGCACUUGUUCCAACUGCUGAACGAGCUAGGCCCGGCCCCGCCACAAGUGGCGCGAAAAGACAACCGCGCACUCAAUUUGCCGCUCUACAGCAAAUGGGAAACACCCAUCGACGACCUCACCGCCGCCCUCGACAUCACACAAGAAGAAGUCUUCUUCAUGGAAGCCAAAUCAACCUUUGUCAUGCUCCUGCGCUCGCUCCCCGCCACCUCCAGCGCCGCCCGCCGCCCGAUCCGCCUCGAGCGCGUGGCCGAAGCAGCAGCAACGACCAAGAACGACUCCGUAAUGGUGCGCAAGGGCAUCCGCGCCAUGGAGCUCCUCAACCAACUGCAAGAACUCGGCAUCAUCGACCGCGAAGACCACUUCGCCCUCCUGCGCGACGAAAUCGAGCAAGAGCUGCUCCACCUCGGCUCGCUGAAGGAAAAAGUGCUGGAGGAAACGGACAAGCUGGAAGAAGUCUUCCGCACGAUCCACGAGCACAACUCCUACCUCGUCGGCCAGCUGGAAACGUACAAAUCCUACCUGCACAACGUGCGCGGGCAGUCGGAGGGCACCACCACAAAGCGCGGCCAGGGCGCAUCAGGCAAAGUCCUCGGGCCGUACAAGUUCACGCACGCGGAGCUGGAGAAGCAGGGCGUGAUCCAGCACAGCAAGGUCCCCGAAAACCGCCGGGCGAACAUCUACUUCAACAUCACCUCGCCCAGCCCCGGGACGUUUGUCAUUAGCUUGCACUACAAGGGGCGCAAUCGCGGCUUGCUGGAGCUGGAUUUGAAACUCGACGACUUGCUCGAGAUGCAGAAGGAGCAUCAGGAGGACUUGGAUUUGGAGUAUGUGCAGUUUAAUGUGACGAAAGUGUUGCAGCUGCUGAACAAGCGGUUUGCGCGGAAGAGGGGGUGGUAG